UCUUUGGAGCACGUAUUUUCGGCCCAUCUGAUCUUCCCCAUUCUCCUGUCUCCUAUUCUCCCAUUUGUCUCGUCUCUUGUCACUCACAUCUGAUGUUCUUGUUGAUGUUGCAUCUCAUCGUCAAGAUCUGUCACCUCGGCUACAACUGCGCAUCCUUUCGCUGAGUUUUCUUUCAUCGCAUCCAGAGCCCAGACGGCCAGACAAUGCCAUUCAUUCAUCGCCAGCCCCAGCCACUGCGUCACAUUGCUCGAGCACGACGCCACUGAGACAGACAGCCGAUGCAGCUACCGGCCCGCAUGCCCCUUGCUCUUAAAGGCGGAUGACGUCUACUAGCGCCCCGGGGGGAGGGGGUGCAAUGAUCCCCUGCUAGUCAUACCACUCCUUGAAGCGCUCUUGCUUGAUCAGGGGUUAUCGAGAUGUUGGAACGCGAUGCCCUCGGUGACGAUAUCACGGGGUCCAAGCCAAGCCGUCUCGGUUUGGGUUCCUCCAUUGGUCGUCUGCCAUCAUACCGGCGACCCUGGAGAGUGGUGCCUCGGUGCACACUCUUGCAUGUCGUUUAACUCCGUCUCACUACCUAUUCGGUGGCCCCCCACUGGCUGGCCGCCGUGAUUCCACGUCGCUCACCAAUGAAGACUGCAGCGAUGGACUGCAUCGAUGCGCUCUUUUCUUGCAACGAUGCUCAACCGUUUUCUUCUCCGCAUUUCUUCGUGCCUGCGCAAAAUCCAGCCUGAGCUCCCCCGCCGUUUCGCCGCGCCAUUGUUGCGACCGCUGCCGGUGGUCUUGUCAUCAACAUGCGGCUCCUGAAUUCCGAGUCUCUUCGACUCCGAGAGUUUUACGAUGACAGCGUCCCCCUCUACGCGAUCAUAUCCCACACAUGGGAAGACGACGAAGUCACUUUUCAAGACCUUACCGGCUCUGCCGGUCUAAUCAAGGCUGGCUUCUCCAAGAUCCGGGCAUGCUGCAGCCAGGCCGUUAGGGACGGCUAUGAGUGGGUAUGGGUCGACACUUGCUGCAUCAACAAGACGUCAAGUGCUGAGCUCUCCGAGGCCAUCAACUCCAUGUUUCGAUGGUACCGCGAAUCAGCCGUUUGCUACGUCUACCUGAGCGACCUGCCGCCUCAAAGUCCCGGGCGCUUCGACUCUGCAAGCUUUAUGGCUGCCAGCUGGUUUACCAGGGGGUGGACUCUCCAAGAGCUCAUCGCCCCUCAUCUCGUUGAGUUCUACGAUCAGGCGUGGAAUGAUAUUGGGACCAAGACGUCUCUCAUGGACUUGAUACAUGAGAGGACUGGGAUCCGAUGUGAUGUUUUGUCCGGCCGAUGCUUGUUGACAUGGGUCCCCGUCGCCGAGCGCAUGUCUUGGGCAUCUAACAGGCAAACCUCGAGACGGGAAGACAUAGCCUACUGCCUCCUCGGCAUCUUCGACAUCCACAUGCCCCUUCUAUAUGGAGAGGGCCCUCGAGCCUUCGUGCGCCUUCAGCAAGAGAUCCUUCGGAACUCGGAAGACCUCAGCAUCCUGCUAUGGGCCCAUGACAAACCCGAUGCACAUCUCAAUACCUUGGGUGUCCUUGCACCAAGUCCCGACGCCUUUGAUGAUAUACCGGUAUGGAAUCUCCAUGGGAAACAGCUCGGGAAACUAACGAGGAGUUGGAGCGGCCUUCACAGCUCCAAGCUCGUCCACGAGCGGAUCGGGCCACCUGCCCUCGUCAAGCGCGAAGAUUCUGAGCCUCCGACCAUAACGAGUCGUGGUUUACGCACUCGGUUGCCCAGGGUUGGAGACUGGCACGGUGAUGAAGAGGAGGAUGUAGAAGGAUUAUAUGCUUGUACCAUGGGCAUAGGUCCUGUGCGAGGUGUGCUGAAGCUGAACCACGACUACUUGGCCGGCUACCUAUGUAUCAAACUAACCGCAAAAUCAAAUCGUCUAUAUCUCAUUACAGAGGACGACGAACCCAUAUUCACCACGUCCUCUCCCAUGUACAUCAACAUGGACCACGAAUGGCCAAAGUUUCCCCCGAGAAUCGACGGGAUCGAAAUGGUUUUCUCCCACGAUUACAAAUCCCUCUUUGUUCCCAGCAUCUCCCGCCUUGCGGCUGACGACUGGCCGCUCGUCAUUCCGGGAACCAGAUACAUUAUUUCCAGCUACUGCUACAUUGAGCAAGGGAAACCCGGGAUAUUCCAUCUACACUGGUCUGGCAACCCCGGCACAAGUCAUGAAUCUCUGGAGUACAAUGUCAUAGUCGCGAUCGCUAUAGACGAUCACCAAGGAAAUGCCACCAGACGCGGCAAAGACCACAUCGUGUUUUGCGCCAGUGCGGACCAAGACCUCGUCGGAGAAAUCCUCAGCAAGGAGGCGGGCUCUGAGCCUGGAACGACGUACAUCAACCUCUUGGAACGGUCGAACCAACACAGAUGGGCCGAUCGAUAUGCAGAGGUUCUACCAGGAGGCAGCCAUGUCUUUCAGGGAGCCAUCAAAGUGAAGAGCCUGGUUCCGAGAUUGAUCGUUUCCAUCGGAUCGUAUAAAGGAUCGAGCGAGAUGCAGGAAGAUUGAAUCUAUGCCUGAUCAACUUGGCUAACAUGAGUGAAGCGGGUGUAACUUGUUGCUUUCCUACUACUGACAUAAAAGAUGUUGAUGCC